CUUCCGUUCAGGCCCGCCCCUCCCCACCUGGUUAUUUGGUUGGCCAGCGCCCUCGUCGUACGUCAUUUACCCGCGCCACCCGGAAGCCGCGGUUCUUACCAACCGUUCUUUUUGCCGGCGGCUCUCAGGAGCCCAUCAUGGCGACGCCCCCUAAACGGCGGGCGGUGGAGGCCACGGGGGAGAAAGUGCUGCGCUACGAGGCUUUCAUCUGCGACGUGCUGCAGCGGGACCUGAAAAAGGUGCUGGACCAUCGUGACAAGGUAUAUGAGCAGCUGGCCAAAUACCUUCAACUGAGAAAUGUCAUUGAGCGACUCCAGGAAACUAAUCACUCGGAGUUAUAUAUGCAGGUGGAUUUGGGCUGUAACUUCUUCGUUGACACAGUGGUCCCAGACACUUCACGAAUCUACGUGGCCCUUGGAUAUGGUUUUUUCCUGGAGUUGACACUGGCAGAAGCGCUCAAGUUCAUUGAUCGUAAGAGCAGUCUCCUCACAGAGCUCAGCGACAGCCUCACCAAGGACUCCAUGAAUAUCAAGGCCCAUAUCCACAUGUUGCUUGAGGGGCUUAGAGAACUACAAGGCCUGCAGAAUUUCCCAGAGCCUCACCAUUGACCACGUCCUACCUCCCCUGACAUUAAAGAGCCUGAAUGUCUUUGA